AAUAUGAGGAUGUUGUAAAAAACAAACUAUACAAUAAACACUAGCGUCGCCCUGACCUACAGAGAAGCAUGAGACUAACUACUCUAUCUGUUCUCCUCAUCUACUCGCUGCUAGGGGACGGGAUUUGUGCAGGAUACGAGAGAAGGAAUGUUAAGAGCGGAAAAAAUAAAUUCAAGAUCAGGAAAGCAGAUAACGCAGGAAAUUCAAGCCUGUCCACAGCCGAGCUAAAUGUGACGGCACCUGCAACAAAACAAAGACUCAGGUUCGGUAACCAUGGCAACCAAACGUUAUACAAUGGCGGUCGUCUUGAGGUCCAUAGAGGUGGUAAAUGGGGACCAGUUUGCGAUGAUAGUAUGGACAUCGUCGAUGGUAACGUGGCCUGUAAACAAAUGGGCUACAUCAGGGGUGCCGAAAGAGUAUAUGACGAGUCUUUCUUUGGAUUGGGAUCUUGGAAGUCCACAGACAUACUAAUGGAUGAAGUCAGCUGUACUGGAGAAGAGCGGGAAUUUUUAGCAUGUCCCUACACAAUCAAUCAUGACUGCUCCGUUCAUGAAUUUGUAUCUAUUCUCUGCAAAGAAAACACAGGGUGUGACAAGGGCUGGAUAGCUGGACCAGAGGGCUGCUACAAGCUGCACACAUCUGCCAAAAACUAUCAAAAAUCCAGUAAGAUGUGUGCUGAGGAAGGAGGUCAUUUGACCAACAUAGAGACCAUGACAGAACACAAUUUUCUCUCCCUUCUUCUGUACACAGUUGAUGAUGGUACUGACAUUUGGAUGAUUGGAGGAAGACGCAAAAAAUCAAAAUGGUAUUGGGAAAAGUCUAUACGCAUUCAAAAGGAAUCAAAGAAUACACAAAGGAAAUCUCUACAAACAAUCAAUUCUGACAUGGCUUACAGAGCGUUCUUCCCAGGUUGGCAGCCGACCAAUUACAGCAGACAACCGUCCAAAAUGAGAGGGGAAUACUGUGUUGGCUUAGCCCGUCAGUAUCUACACCCCAAUGGUUCAGCAGUGUCAGUCCCGUACUACUUCUUCGAUGACAUUAACUGCAAAACAAAUAACAACUACAGGUUUGGGUUCAUCUGUGAAAAGCCACUGCAAAAAGGGGACCAGCCAGCCCGAAGACAGGCCGAGGAUUGCUAUACUGGGAAUGGUGAGUUAUAUAGAGGGAGUAUAUCAGAAACAACUAUAGGAUCCCCCUGCCAAAGAUGGUCCAAAUCAGCUAGUAUCAAUGACGUCACUCAUCCUGGAAAGGGCCUAGGAGACCAUAACAUGUGCCGUAACCCUGACGACAGCAAGAGUCCCUGGUGUUGGGUGGACGUGGAACGGGAUCGUUUUGGAUACUGUCCUGUAUCUAAAUGUGAAUCUUCAAGCACAACAACUGCAACAGUGUCCAUCAACAAAGACUGCUAUAUCAAUGAUGGAAAGUUUUAUAGAGGGUUUGCCAACACAACAGAGAAAGGUUUCAACUGCCAAAACUGGAAAUCUAACGGCAGAAUGAACCUAACAACUGAUUCUGAAAAGGGAUUAGGAAACCACAACUUUUGCAGGAACCCUGAUGGCGACUCCAGACCAUGGUGUUGGGUGAGGUACAAUCGAAACGAGUUUGACUAUUGUGUAGUGCCUCGGUGUUCUGAACUUGUUACAACAGAUCAACCUAUCGCCAUGACAAGUAAGCAUGAGGCACAGAUAGAUUGCCCCGUCGACAAUUUCUUCUGCCACUCAAGUUCCACAGACGUAUGUAUUCCAGAACUCUUUCAGUGUGAUGGAGAAAAGGACUGUGGAUUCAAUGAAGAUGAAGAAACCUGUGAUUAUACCUUGUCCCUUUACACAAAAGAGAAAAAUUUUGUUCUUAAAAAGGGAGGAGAAGAAGCCUACGAAAAUAUUCCACUCGAACUGUGUGCACGAUAUUGCGCACAAUCCACCCGAUUUAUUUGUCGCUCUUUCCACUAUUUGAAUGGGAAGAGGGAAUGCUUUUUAUCUUCACUGAACAGAGAGAGGGUGACGAGCAGGGGAAAUUACUCUUCUGCCUAUGACUAUUAUGAACUGAAUUCUCAUAUAAAUGGGUGCAUUGAUAAAUUCAGGUGUAGGAAUGGCCAUUGCAUUGACCAGAGUCUACACUGUAAUUCCCAUGAUGAUUGCGGAGAUCUCUCGGACGAGGAGGAGUGUGCGAUUACGAGUUAUAUCUGUAAAUUUUUAGCGGGAAAUACCAUUCCACCUUUGGGAAUUCGCCUGGUGGAUGGGGAUAAUGAGUAUUCCGGGAGGGUGGAGCUUCAGUACUAUGGAGAAUGGGGAGUGAUUUGUGAUGACAACUGGGACAUCAAUGAUGCACAAGUUGUCUGCAGGAUGCUAGGCUUCGAGGGAGGAGCUGAAAAAGCAGAACGAUUUGGGGCGUUUGGACUUGGAAACAGUAACUUCUUGUUGGAUGAAGUAAACUGUACUGGAGGCGAGAGCUCUUUGGAGGAAUGCAACAAGAACCCAUGGAAGGAACAUGACUGUGGGAGCUACGAAGAGGCCGGUGUUGUUUGCUAUCCCUCCAAAGCAUGUACAGAGAAGAAAUUUCAAUGUGACAAUGAGAGAUGUUUGAUUCCUCAGCAAGUGUGUGAUGGAACAGAGCAUUGCAGAGAUGGUUCAGAUGAACAAAGUUGUGAUAUACAAGUUAACCUUGUAAACGGAGAGACUCCAUAUAGUGGAAGAGUGGAGAUUGUCAGGAAUGGGAUGAGAGGAACUAUCUGUGAUGAUGGCUGGACUGACGCCAGUGCUAAGAUAAUCUGCAAAUUGAUGGGAUUUAGAGGGGGUCAGGCCAAGGUCGAUGCAUUCUUUGGGGCAGGGUCAGGGGUCAUCUGGCUGGACGAUGUCGAGUGUCGUGGUAACGAAACAUCUCUGUUAGAUUGUUCUAGCAGACCUUGGGGGGAACAUGACUGUGAACAUACAGAGGAUGCAGGGAUCAUUUGUGAAGGUGCCUUCGAUGAUACAACGAAACGAACUUCGACAACACCUAGAUCAACGACUCAAUCAUCCACAGAUACAGUAAGCAUUACCUUGGUUAACAGUGACGUACCCAGUAGAGGCCGCAUACAGCUCUGGUAUAAAGAAGAAAAGGGAUCCAUUUGUGACGAUCACUUUGAUGAAAAAGACGCCACGGUUGUGUGUCAAAUGUUUGGAUACAGGAGUGGGAAACCGUCUAAAUUGUAUGGUCCUGGAGAAGGUGUUAUUUGGUUGGAUAAUCUUGGAUGUCUUGGAAACGAAUCCCACAUCCAGGAUUGUAAUCACACAGGCUGGGGUGUUUCCGACUGCACACAUAAGGAAGACGUGGGAGUGGACUGUGAAGACGACUCUGUUGCUCCCCCCGAGGUAAGAGUGAGGCUGGUGGAAGGGAAGACCCCCAGUGAAGAGCGGGUGGUGUUAACUAUAGGGAACGUGACCGGGACUGUGUGCGACGACUACUUCACUGAUAUAGAGGCCGGUGUUGUGUGUCGUAUGAUGGGUUACAGGACAGGCGUCGCUACUGAAGAAGGAUAUUUUGGUCCUGGUUCUGGGAUGGUUCUCCUUGACAAUGUCAGAUGUCAGGGUACAGAGAGAUCCUUGUCUCAGUGCAAAAACGAUGGGUGGGGCAUCAGUAAUUGUGGGCAUUCAGAAGAUGUUGGGGUUAUUUGUGACGCCCCUACCACCACAAUAGCAACCACUACAAGUAGUCAGGGAUCAGCUUUCCCCGAGGUGAGAGUGAGGCUGGUGGAAGGGAAGACCCCCAGUGAAGGGCGGGUGGUGUUAACUGUAGGGGACGUGACAGGGACUGUGUGCGACGACUACUUCACUGAUAUCGAGGCCGGUGUUGUGUGUCGUAUGAUGGGUUACAGGAGUGGGAAACCGUCUAAAUUGCAUGGUCCUGGAGAAGGUGUUAUUUGGUUGGAUAAUCUUGGAUGUCUUGGAAACGAAUCCCACAUCCAGGAUUGUAAUCACACAGGCUGGGGGGUUUCCGACUGCACACAUGAUGAAGACGUGGGAGUGGACUGUGAAGACGACUCUGUUGAUGGAUGCAUUGAUAAAUUCAGGUGUAGGAAUGGCCAUUGCAUUGACCAGAGUCUACACUGUAAUUCCCAUGAUGAUUGCGGAGAUCUCUCUGACGAGGAGGAGUGUGCGGGAAAUACCAUUCCACCUUUGGGAAUUCGCCUGGUGGAUGGGGAUAAUGAGUAUUCCGGGAGGGUGGAGCUUCAGUACUAUGGAGAAUGGGGAGUGAUUUGUGAUGACAACUGGGACAUCAAUGAUGCACAAGUUGUCUGCAGGAUGCUAGGCUUCGAGGGAGGAGCUGAAAAAGCAGAACAAGUUGGGGCGUUUGGACUUGGAAACAGUAACUUCUUGUUGGAUGAAGUAAACUGUACUGGAGGCGAGAGCUCCUUGGAGGAAUGCAACAAGAACCCCUGGAAGGAACAUGACUGUGGGAGCUACGAAGAGGCCGGUGUUGUUUGCUAUCCCUUCAAAGCAUGUACAGAGAAGGAAUUUCAAUGUGACAAUGAGAGAUGUUUGAUUCCUCAGCAAGUGUGUGAUGGAACAGAGCAUUGCAGAGAUGGUUCAGAUGAACAAAGCUGUGAUAUACAAGUUAACCUUGUAAACGGAGAGACUCCAUAUAGUGGAAGAGUGGAGAUUGUCAGGAAUGGGAUGAGAGGAACUAUCUGUGAUGAUGGCUGGACUGACGCCAGUGCUAGGAUAAUCUGCAAAUUGAUGGGAUUUAGAGGGGGUCAGGCCAAGGUCGAUGCAUUCUUUGGGGCAGGGUCAGGGGUCAUCUGGCUGGACGAUGUCGAGUGUCGUGGUAACGAAACAUCUCUGUUAGAUUGUUCUAGCAGACCUUGGGGGGAACAUAACUGUGAACAUACAGAGGAUGCAGGGAUCAUUUGUGAAGGUGCCUUCGAUGAUACAACGAAACGAACUUCGACAACACCUAGAUCAACGACUCAAUCAUCCACAGAUACAGUAAGCAUUACCUUGGUUAACAGUGACGUACCCAGUAGAGGCCGCAUACAGCUCUGGUAUAAAGGAGAAAAGGGAUCCAUUUGUGACGAUCACUUUGAUGAAAAAGACGCCACGGUUGUGUGUCAAAUGUUUGGAUACAGGAGUGGGAAACCGUCUAAAUUGUAUGGUCCUGGAGAAGGUGUUAUUUGGUUGGAUAAUCUUGGAUGUCUUGGAAACGAAUCCCACAUCCAGGAUUGUAAUCACACAGGCUGGGGGGUUUCCGACUGCACACAUAAGGAAGACGUGGGAGUGGACUGUGAAGACGACUCUGUUGCUUCCCGUGAGGUAAGAGUGAGGCUGGUGGAAGGGAAGACCCCCAGUGAAGGGCGGGUGGUGUUAACUAUAGGGAACGUGACCGGGACUGUGUGUGACGACUUCUUCACUGAUAUAGAGGCCGGUGUUGUGUGUCGUAUGAUGGGUUACAGGACAGGCGUCGCUACUGAAGAAGGAUAUUUUGGUCCUGGUUCUGGGAUGGUUCUCCUUGACAAUGUCAGAUGUCAGGGUACAGAGAGAUCCUUGUCUCAGUGCAAAAACGAUGGGUGGGGCAUCAGUAAUUGUGGGCAUUCAGAAGAUGUUGGGGUUAUUUGUGACGCCCCUACCACCACAAUAGCAACCACUACAAGUAGUCAGGGAUCAGCUUUCCCCGAGGUGAGAGUGAGGCUGGUGGAAGGGAAGACCCCCAGUGAAGGGCGGGUGGUGUUAACUGUAGGGGACGUGACAGGGACUGUGUGCGACGACUACUUCACUGAUAUCGAGGCCGGUGUUGUGUGUCGUAUGAUGGGUUACAGGAGUGGGAAACCGUCUAAAUUGUAUGGUCCUGGAGAAGGUGUUAUUUGGUUGGAUAAUCUUGGAUGUCUUGGAAACGAAUCCCACAUCCAGGAUUGUAAUCACACAGGCUGGGGGGUUUCCGACUGCACACAUGAUGAAGACGUGGGAGUGGACUGUGAAGACGACUCUGUUGCUUUCCCCGAGGUGAGAGUGAGGCUGGUGGAAGGGAAGACCCCCAGUGAAGGGCGGGUGGUGUUAACUGUAGGGGACGUGACAGGGACUGUGUGCGACGACUACUUCACUGAUAUCGAGGCCGGUGUUGUGUGUCGUAUGAUGGGUUACAGGAGUGGGAAACCGUCUAAAUUGUAUGGUCCUGGAGAAGGUGUUAUUUUGUUGGAUAAUCUUGGAUGUCUUGGAAACGAAUCCCACAUCCAGGAUUGUAAUCACACAGGCUGGGGGGUUUCCGACUGCACACAUGAUGAAGACGUGGGAGUGGACUGUGAAGACGACUCUGUUGAUGGAUGCAUUGAUAAAUUCAGGUGUAGGAAUGGCCAUUGCAUUGACCAGAGUCUACACUGUAAUUCCCAUGAUGAUUGCGGAGAUCUCUCUGACGAGGAGGAGUGUGCGGGAAAUACCAUUCCACCUUUGGGAAUUCGCCUGGUGGAUGGGGAUAAUGAGUAUUCCGGGAGGGUGGAGCUUCAGUACUAUGGAGAAUGGGGAGUGAUUUGUGAUGACAACUGGGACAUCAAUGAUGCACAAGUUGUCUGCAGGAUGCUAGGCUUCGAGGGAGGAGCUGAAAAAGCAGAACAAGUUGGGGCGUUUGGACUUGGAAACAGUAACUUCUUGUUGGAUGAAGUAAACUGUACUGGAGGCGAGAGCUCCUUGGAGGAAUGCAACAAGAACCCCUGGAAGGAACAUGACUGUGGGAGCUACGAAGUGGCCGGUGUUGUUUGCUAUCCCUCCAAAGCAUGUACAGAGAAGGAAUUUCAAUGUGACAAUGAGAGAUGUUUGAUUCCUCAGCAAGUGUGUGAUGGAACAGAGCAUUGCAGAGAUGGUUCAGAUGAACAAAGCUGUGAUAUACAAGUUAACCUUGUAAACGGAGAGACUCCAUAUAGUGGAAGAGUGGAGAUUGUCAGGAAUGGGAUGAGAGGAACUAUCUGUGAUGAUGGCUGGACUGACGCCAGUGCUAAGAUAAUCUGCAAAUUGAUGGGAUUUAGAGGGGGUCAGGCCAAGGUCGAUGCAUUCUUUGGGGCAGGGUCAGGGGUCAUCUGGCUGGACGAUGUCGAGUGUCGUGGUAACGAAACAUCUCUGUUAGAUUGUUCUAGCAGACCUUGGGGGGAACAUGACUGUGAACAUACAGAGGAUGCAGGGGUCAUUUGUGAAGGUGCCUUCGAUGAUACAACGAAACGAACUUCGACAACACCUAGAUCAACGACUCAAUCAUCCACAGAUACAGUAAGCAUUACCUUGGUUAACAGUGACGUACCCAGUAGAGGCCGCAUACAGCUCUGGUAUAAAGGAGAAAAGGGAUCCAUUUGUGACGAUCACUUUGAUGAAAAAGACGCCACGGUUGUGUGUCAAAUGUUUGGAUACAGGAGUGGGAAACCGUCUAAAUUGUAUGGUCCUGGAGAAGGUGUUAUUUGGUUGGAUAAUCUUGGAUGUCUUGGAAACGAAUCCCACAUCCAGGAUUGUAAUCACACAGGCUGGGGGGUUUCCGACUGCACACAUAAGGAAGACGUGGGAGUGGACUGUGAAGACGACUCUGUUGCUUCCCGUGAGGUAAGAGUGAGGCUGGUGGAAGGGAAGACCCCCAGUGAAGGGCGGGUGGUGUUAACUAUAGGGAACGUGACCGGGACUGUGUGUGACGACUUCUUCACUGAUAUAGAGGCCGGUGUUGUGUGUCGUAUGAUGGGUUACAGGACAGGCGUCGCUACUGAAGAAGGAUAUUUUGGUCCUGGUUCUGGGAUGGUUCUCCUUGACAAUGUCAGAUGUCAGGGUACAGAGAGAUCCUUGUCUCAGUGCAAAAACGAUGGGUGGGGCAUCAGUAAUUGUGGGCAUUCAGAAGAUGUUGGGGUUAUUUGUAACGCCCCUACCACCACAAUAGCAACCACUACAAGUAGUCAGGGAUCAGAUGACGAAGUGAUCAUUCGCUUGGUUAACAAUGUUGAGGGAAUCGAAGGACGAGGAACUUUGGAAUUGGAGUACAAUGGAGUUAAAGGAUCAGUGUGUGAUGAUGACUGGGAUGACCUUGAUGCCAAGGUCGUGUGUACAAUGCUAGGAUACAGGAGUGGAGUGGCAGUAUCUAAUGCAAGGUUUGGGCGGGGAUCAGGUCCUAUUUACUUGGAUGAUGUUGCCUGUUAUGGAACAGAGGAUUCCUUGUUGGACUGUGACAGUUCUGGAUGGGGCCAGAACAACUGUGCACACAAUGAAGACGCAGGGGUCAUAUGUUACUCUGCAGAUGAGAUAUCAACUGAUGAUAUCAACCAACUUCCCACUGAUUGUGGUAGACGACCAAUGGAGGAUGUGAUUAACUCGAGACGAAAACGAGACACAAGUGAAAAAUCGGUUGAGGACUGGCGACCUCCUUUAAAGAUACAUGGAGGACUAAAUGCUGAUUAUGGGAUGUUUCCUUGGCAGGUGGCGAUCAGAAAAGUCAGCUAUCGAACACAAACCAGAAAAAUAGAUGCCCCACACUGUGGAGGUAUCGUCCUUAGCCGGUUCUGGAUUCUGAGUGCUGCCCAUUGUUUUGUUGAUAAAGUUAAGUCCGAUCUUAUCAUACGGGUUGGAGACCUGAACAACAAAGAGCCUGAUUCUGAUGAGGAAGAGUUCGAAGUGGAGGAAAUAUUUAUGCAUGAGGGCUAUGACUCUGAGACCUUAGACAAUGACAUAGCUUUGAUUAAGAUAACUCCAAAAGAUGGUCGAGGAAUCAUGGCUGGGAUGUACGUCCAACCUGCGUGUCUGCCCUCUGAUAACACACGGUACACUGUGGACUUGGACUGUUAUAUAUCAGGGUGGGGGGCGACUUCAUUAGGUUCUCCAAACAAAUUGAAGUAUGCAAAAGUUCCUAUGAUUGAUCGUAGUACAUGUCGUAACGUAUAUAAAGGCUCUCUGACUCCCAGCAUGUUUUGUGCUGGAUACAUGAAAGGUGGCAUAGACACUUGUCAGGGUGACAGUGGAGGGCCUCUUGUCUGUAAAGUCGGGGGUAAAUACACUGUAUUGGGAGUGACAUCGUGGGGAAGAGGUUGUGGGAAUCCAAAUGCUCCAGGAGUGUACACAGUUGUCAAGUAUCAUCUACAGUGGAUCCAGGAUAAACUUCAAACAUGAGGAAAAAUACACUGUUGCAAUCAUGAAUGCACAAUCUGUCGCUUUAAAAAAAUUAAAUGCAAAUUAAAAGUAAAUCAUGCAUCAUUAUCAUUGUUUUAUAAUAAAACAAUACCAAUUCCAUG